GGGGCGGAAGUGGGGUGUGGACAACGGAAGUGCCCGCCCCGGCCCCGCCUCCGCCCCCUGCUUUGAGUAAGCUGGGUGUUUCCUGCCUUUCAGUCCGGAUUUGGAGACUCCGGCGUCCUCCGACUUUUCAUGGAAGAGAUGUCAGGAGAAAGCGUGGUGAGCUCGGCGGUGCCAGCGGCUGCUACCCGCACCACUUCCUUCAAGGGCGCCAGUCCCAGUUCCAAGUACGUGAAGCUGAAUGUCGGGGGAGCCCUCUACUACACCACCAUGCAGACACUCACCAAGCAGGACACCAUGCUGAAGGCCAUGUUCAGUGGGCGGAUGGAAGUUCUCACCGACAGUGAAGGCUGGAUCCUCAUUGACCGCUGUGGGAAGCACUUCGGGACAAUACUCAACUACCUUCGAGACGGGGCUGUGCCCCUGCCGGAGAGCCGCCGGGAGAUCGAGGAGCUGCUAGCGGAGGCCAAGUACUACCUGGUGCAGGGCCUGCUAGAAGAGUGCCAGGCGGCCCUACAACAGAACAAAGAUACUUACGAACCCUUCUGCAAGGUUCCUGUCAUCACCUCCUCCAAGGAAGAACAGAGGCUCAUAGCGACUUCAAAUAAGCCGGCCGUGAAGCUGCUCUACAACAGAAGUAACAACAAAUACUCCUACACCAGCAAUUCUGACGACAACAUGCUGAAGAACAUCGAGCUCUUUGAUAAACUCUCCCUGCGCUUUAACGGGAGGGUCCUGUUCAUAAAGGACGUCAUCGGGGAUGAAAUCUGCUGCUGGUCAUUUUACGGCCAGGGCCGAAAAAUUGCGGAAGUCUGUUGCACCUCCAUCGUCUACGCCACGGAGAAGAAGCAGACCAAGGUUGAGUUCCCCGAAGCCCGCAUUUAUGAGGAGACCCUGAACAUCCUGCUGUAUGAGGCCCAGGACGGCCGGGGACCUGACAACGCCCUCCUGGAGGCCACAGGCGGGGCGGCCGGCCGCUCCCAUCACCUGGACGAGGACGAGGAGCGGGAGCGGGAGCGGAUAGAGCGAGUACGGAGGAUCCACAUCAAGCGCCCCGAUGACCGGGCCCACCUCCACCAGUGAGCAGGCGAGCACCGGCUGCCCUCCGCCCUCCCUCUGCCCCGCCCCCCAGACCCUGUGCAGGCUUCGGGGUACCUCCACUCCCCUGGAGUCCGGAGACACUUUUGUAACAAGCCAGAUGAUUAUUUUGGUAUUUCUUGACAAGUGGAUUGCUUCUGUGUUGACCCAGGUGUGCACCCCUUCUGAGCAAAGCUGUGUCCGAGGGCUCUGCUUCCCGCGAGAGCCGGAAAGUGUGAAUGAGUCUGGCGUGUGUGAGAGCCUUUGUGGCAGUAUUUAUUUUUAUGGCUGUUGACUACCUACCAGGGCUCCUUAAGUGACACUCCUAAGGGCUCCUUUGACAAUUGUGAGGGGCUGUGUAGGUGGCAACCGUCAACCAGGAUGUCUGGGAGCAGCCUGGCCCUGCCUGUUCUGUGUUCUGACGAGGCUGGGAGCCUGCUCUGUACGGUUUUGGGACGAGAGCUCAUUGGCCGACGGUUUCAGCUUGUAGUAGUGGACAGGGGACCGAGUGUGCUUCCAGCCCCCCUGUCUGGCAUGGAGCAGACCGUUCCCUGGCAGUGGGCUCUGCUGUCAUCCGGGUCCUUCCCGUUGCUGGGCUUGUUGACACACACUUCCCAGAAGGUCAUCUGAACACCUGCAGCCAUUGCUCCAGACCACUGCCUUAAGGGUCUGCUCCCUGCAGCCCCAGACACGGUGGGCCCCAUCUGGGGCCACCGCCCGGAGCCUGCAGGCUGACUCAGGGCCCUUCCCUGCUCUCUAUCGCUCCCUUCAGUUCUUAGUUCUCUGCAGACUAGAGUGGGCGUGCAGCUACCUUUGAGUCUUGUCUGUGUUGGAGGAUGUGUGUGACUGCUGGUGAGGACGUGCAACUGCGGGGCACAGGUGCUGGUGAGGAGACACACCCGUUACCUGUCUGCGCCUGCGCAGAGGUGAGGCCUGACUGACAGGGUGGUCGGGACUAGACUAGUUACGAGGCGAGUGCUUGAUGAAGGAAUUGUGACUCUUUUAGACCAAAGGUAUGAAGUGGAUAAUCUGUCAGGUUUUUUAAAGUUUCUAUUUUGUGACGGUUUUUACAGCUCACUUUGUGCGUGACGGUCGUGUACCUUUCUCUUGUAUCUGGCAGCAAACAAUCCCGACUGGAUCGAGGAACUGUGUACCGGGUAGAUGCUUUUUACACAAUGGUGUGGCAAAACUUUUGUAUGUAGAGCCGAGAAAGGGAGCUUACAAAUCAUGUUUCAUGAGUUUUUCUACUGUGUAUUUUCAGUGUCAGCCCUGCCCUUCGGGUUCAACCUUUUAGGAAGUGAACGUGAAUGUCAGUCCUGGUGUUUUCUGUAGGAAUGGAAAAGCCAUUGUAUACACUGUUGAAAUGUCCAUGUGCAGAAUGGUUGGCGGCACAGUUGACUCGCCGUGGCCUCUGCGCCUUACGGUUUCUGUUCGGGCAGCUCUCUCUACUUCCUCUUUCCUCCUACCUUGUGCCUACAGCUUUGCACCUCCCGCGCCCAGCGAUAGGACCAGGCCUGGCAAACCUUCCACGGUGCCUGGUAGCGCCGGCAGCUGCGUCUGCCAGGGCCUGGCCCGGUGUCCGUCGGUCCAAAGCUCUGCUCCACAUUUCACAGGCUAGCAUGACGGACAGCAGUCAGCAUUUCCAGUGCAGAGCCAUCCAGUGAAUCACUGCUCCUGGGUUUGGUGUAAAGAGUGACUUUUAUUGCACAUUAAUGGCUCACAAUUAAAUUGGAAUAGCUUUUUGUCCAUGGUAACCAAGUCCAGUGUUUGUGGCAUCUGGGGCCCACACCCCGAGCAGGUCCUGACACAGCCUUCUGGUGCCUUCCUGGGGAAGGUGGGCUGGCUGUUGGACCGAUCUGUAAGUUGUCGUCCCGUUUAGGUGCAAGCUCCCAUACCUGCUGCUCACUGCUGGUACUCAGCCCAAAGUCCCUGGUCAUGUUAGCACAUCACUAACCUUCCUGUCCGCACUGUGGAAACAAUCCUGGGAGCUUUAGACAUGCUCACUGUUGUACAAGCGUCUGUGGACACAUGUAAAGUAAACAUUAAACUGUGCUUCUGUUCA